CGACAGCGCGCUGGCAUGUCGGACCCGGCGCCAAAAGGGCUGAUUCUCGUCGGCGGUCUCGGCACGCAGCUGCGGCCACUCACGCUCUCCAAACCGAAAGCGCUCAUCGAGUUUGGAAACAAGCCGCUGCUGCUGCACUUCAUCGAGGCGCUCGUGCGCGCCGGCGUGAAUGAGGUGGUGCUCGCCAUCAACUACCGCGCGGAGAUCAUGCGAGGCUUUCUCGAUGAGUACCAGGACCGCUUCGGCAUCCAGAUCACGUGCAUGCAGGAGGACGAGCCGCUCGGCACGGCCGGGCCGAUCGCGCUGGCGCACGAGCGCGGCCUGCUCGGCGACAGCGAGCCUUUCUUCGUCAUCAACUGCGACGUCGCCUGCGACUUCAACCUUCGCUCGCUCUACACGCUGCACAAGGCGCACGGCAAGUUGGGCACCAUCAUGGUGACGAGAGUCGACCAGCCGGCAAAGUACGGAAAGUCGGUCGUGCAGGCGCACACCACGGGCCUGAUUGAGCGCUUCGUCGAGCACGGCCGCACCUUCGCCGGCGCCGCCCGAGUGCCUGCCCGCCCGCUGCUCGCGCCGCGCGACCUGAUCAACGCGGGCGUCUACAUCUUCUCGCCCUCCCUUGUCGAGCGGCUGCGGGUCGUGAGGGCGGUGUCGAUGGAGCGCGAGGUGCUGCCGCAGCUCGCGUCGGAGCAGCAGCUCUACUCGAUGGCCCUCGAGGGCUACUGGAUGAACGUCAAGCAGCCGCGCGACUUCCUGCAGGGCCACGCCCUCUACCUGCAGUACCUCUCCCGCGUCGCAGCGGACCAGCUCACCGGCGCAGCCUGCUCCCAGCUCCACGGAGGCACUGAGGUCCAGGGCUCGGUGCUGGUCGACAAGAGCGCGCAGAUCGGCGCCAACUGCCUCAUUGGGCCAGACGUCUCGGUCGGGCCCGGCUGCGUCGUCGAGGAGGGCGUGCGGCUGGCGCGGUGCAUCUUGCUGCGAAACGUGCGGGUCGCGGCGCACUCGACGGUGCUCGACUCGAUCCUCGGGUGGGAGUCGUCCGUCGGCUGCUGGACCCGCAUCGAGGGCGUGACGGUGCUCGGCGAGGACGUGCAUGUGGGCGGCGAGAUCUUCAUCAACGGCGGCCUCGUGUUGCCGCACAAGCGAAUCAAAGAGUCCAUCAGCGAGCCGCAGAUCAUUUUGUGACGCGCCUAGUACUUGAGAGGCGAGGGCCCCGGGGGCGCACUAGCGCUGCGGCCGUGGCUUCGGCCGUGGUGGUGGGUGUGCGUGUGGCGCCAAGGUUUUGUGCUUUGUUGGUACGUCUCGGCGGGGUGGGACGCGGUCGCUCACGUUUCCUCCGGGCACAGGAGAAAAGAAUAUCUCCACAUACUCUAAAA